AUGGUUGAUAAUGACGAUGAACUUCAAUUAGACGAUUUAUUCGAGGCAAUCAAACGAAAUAAAGAUCAAGAACAUGAAGCAUUCUAUGUGUAUGAACAAUAUUUAGAUUCUCUACGCGCAAAUAAAUCGAAUGAAGAAAAAUUAAAAAUAUUAGAACAGAUAUUGAAAUUAGAAUGUAUCGAAAAAGCUAAAGCAAAUGGACUUGAAGAAGAUCGUCGAAAAAUCAAUUUAAAAUGGACGACAUUAAAAGAAUGUGGCAUGUUAAAACGAAAAGUUGGCCAUAUCACUGAAGCAAUUCAAUGUUUGGAUAAGGCAAAUAAAAUAGAUGAAAAUGGCAUGCUUUAUUAUGAAUUGGGUCUAUGUCAUUUAGAAAAUGGAAAUAUAUUUAGCGUUAAAACAUGUUUUGAAAAAACAAUCUCAAUGUGUAAUGAAAUAUUUCAUUGGAAAUGUCUUGAUCAAUUAAUAUCUAUUUAUUAUUUAUUAGGAAACUUUACAAAAUCUAUUAAAUAUAUUUCAAUUGGUUUAAAUCGUUCGUCAAUGUAUCGAGUUGGUUUAUUAUGUUUAAACUUAAUUCUACGUAAACAACCGUCAAUGAAAUAUUUAAUUGAUGAUACAUUUAAAGAUUUUAAUGGUGAAUUAGUAGUACUAGAAGACAGUGAUGUUAAUCAAUUUGAAGUUGAUAUCGAACAUUUUAAACAAAACAUUUUCAAAUUACAAAAUUUGCCACAAGAACAACAAGCAAUAGUUAGCAAUCCACCUACAGCUAUUAGCACUUUUCAAGAUUUUGGACAAUAUAUUUUGAAAAAAAUGAAAGAAUACAGUGGACUUAUAGCGAAAAUCACUGAACGUGUCGAUGUCAAAUCCUUUAUAAUGGUUAAUGAUGAUUUAUCAUUGCCAGACAAUAAUGACAGUACAAUUACAAAUCAAUUAGAUGAAUCAACAACAGCAACAAAAUCAAAAUCACGUAAAAAACGCACAUCGUGUCCAUCGUCAAAUGUUGGAGUUGAUGAUUAUGAAAAACGUCGAUCAGCAAGGAGUAUAACUCGUACACUAGUGGAAGAAAAUAAUAUAAUGGACAAAUUACGACGUUUAUUGGGUAUUGAUGACAGUAGUUCUGAUGAUGAAGAACAAGAUCCAGAUAUGUCAACAAGUCAGAAAACAGUAACAAUACAAGAUAACGAAAAUGGCCUCCCACAGCCACCUCAACCAUCUGUAAUACCAAAUAAUCAACCUGUUCAAAUUGAUUUUCAUAAAUUUAUUCAAUCAAUCGCUGAAAAAGAUGAUUCCUUGCAUCUAAUAGACUUAAUGUUCGCUUAUGUUGAAGAAUUAACAAAACAUUCGUCCGAUCUAUGGUCAAAUGAAUUACGUACAAUGUACGCGAAAUUAUUUGAUUAUUUGAUAGAUUACAUUCAGUUUCCAUCUGUACCUCAAGAUCUAGAAAGUCUAUACUAUAUGAAUCAUUUGAAAUCAUGUUUAUGUUAUAUUGAAAAUGCAUUGGGAUCAUUUAAAAGUGAUUUAACAGAAGAUUCAAUUGAAAAAUUUAGUCAUUUAGCUCGUUUAAAAUCGAAAUAUAAAUCAAUUGGUUAUUGUUUUGGACGAUUGCAACUAUACUAUUAUCUUAUACAAUCACCAAUAUUUCCCACGACAAUUGGUGAUAUGGAUGUACAUAUUUCAAUUAGAAUUCUUUGGAUAUCGUGUCUAUAUUAUUAUUUAUCUGGUGAUAUGAAUGAUUCGAUAGCAUGUGUAAUGAAACUCAGAGAAAUUUUAACUGUGAAUAAUGAAGAUUUAACACAAACAAUUACAAUACCAAAUCUUAUGCAAUUUUCAACGAUUUCAAAAAAUACUGUUGAUAAUGUUUUAUCUCGACUUAAAAAACAGUCUUUGUGCAAUGGUGAUUUAUCUAGUAGUAAUUCUGAUCAUUCAACAACAAAAUUAAAUUCACUCAUACAACGGAUACUUGUAACCGAAGAUAAUGUUGAAUUAGAAUCAAUAUUAAUUGAAUUGAAAAAGAAUAUUGAUAGAUUUUGUUUACAUUUAAUGACGAGUGGGAAUAAUCGAUCUCAGCAAAACUCAGAAAAAUCACUACUCAAAUUAUGUGAAACAUUAAUUCCAAUUUUAACUGGAAAAAUAAACUUCAAUACACCUGAAUUUUUAGCUGCAAGACAAAUAUACGAUCAAAUUAUAGCAGCACUUAUUGAUAUAUUAUUACGAUUGAUCGAUGAUGAUCAGGCACCAAAUUGGUCUGAUACAUCAUUCAAAUCACUUCAGAACUUAAUGAUAACGUUAAUUGAUUCAAUAAUGAAACGUGAUAAUAAUCAACAACAAUUUUGGCAUUUUAAAUCAGCUAAUCCAUGGAUCUUGUUACAUUGUAUAACGAAGAAACGAAAUCCAAAAAAGAAUGAACGAUUUUUAAAUGGAUUUGUCAAAACAGUGCACACUAUGUUUGGAAAACAUUCAUUGUGUCUAAUGAAUUGCGGUCAAUUAUUAGAAUAUUUUCUUCUUGAAUUGUUACAACUGGAGCAUUCUGAUAUUAAAAACCAGUUAAAUAUCGAGAAAUCAUCGAAUAAUGAUCUAAUGCAACGUCGGCUAUCGACAACUUCCUCUUCUUCAGCGACCAUGUUAUCAUCAGAAAAAAGCAAAUUAUCAAAAAUAAUUGAUGAAGCUGAACAGUGUAUUUAUUGUCUUUAUGGAAUUGUUCUAAGAAAAUCAAAAUUUAAAAAUUUAUGUGAUCAUCAAGUUGAAUUUACAUUAAAAAAAGCCAAUAUUGUCUUUUAUUUAUUAAAACCAAAAGAAUUACCGGGAUACGAAGGAAGAAUAGCGUGUGUAACAAACGAAACUGAGAGUAUCUUUCAUCGCUUUGAAAGCAUGAUCGAUUGGGAUGUGAACCGUGAAGCGACAAGACUAGAAUUAUUAGCUUAUAUUGAAAAAUCAGCUAAAAUUGAUUGUACUAAUUCACUAAAUAAGAUGUAUCAAGAACAAUUUCAGUUAAAACCAUUCCAUACCGAUAUUCCGUUAGAAAGAGAUUUAUAUUAUCUAUUGGCUGAUUAUUAUUUAAAAAUGAGUUCAAAUGAUGUAGCUAAAACUGAAAUAUCAAGAAAAAAAGCACGUGAUUAUUACAUAAAAGAUUUAUGUUUUAAUCCUACACGAUUUGAUUCAUGGGCUGGUUUAACGGUUAUUAAAUUUAGUGAAAUUGAAAAGAUUGUUGAUGAAGACGAAUAUAAUUCAGUAAUAUUCGAGGAAUAUAAUUCAGCUAAAUGUUUUUUUACACAAGCAAUUUCAAUCGAUAAUAACAACCAUACACUAUGGAUGGAAUACGGUGAAGUGACGUAUGUUUUACACGCAUACUGUUCAAAAUAUAGAACACAAUCAUCAGCAAUUAUUUUGGACAGAAGUACUCUUUUAGAUCGAUGUAAAACAGCUUAUAUAACUGGUAAUCUAUGUACUGAUAAUGAACAUAAAGAAGAAUGGGCUUAUUUAUAUAUGUCGGGAAAAAUACAGCAAAAACAACAAAGAUAUCAUUUAACAGAAUAUUUACAAAAAUUUAUCCAAGCACUUGACAUUUUACAUGAGCAAAAAGCACAAUAUCCUCGUAAACUGGGACAUCAAAAUGCAACAAAUACCAAACAAACACAUUUAGCUGCACAUGCACUUGAGAUGUUUUAUCGUAUUCAUGGUACAUCACUGAAAUAUAUUAGUGCCUAUAGUCAUCAUCAAUUUGUAACAUUAGAGCAAUUGAAUGAUUUAAUUCAGCUUUUACAAAAUAUUCAACACAAACCAUUUUGGACAAGUUUUUAUGAAAGAACAAAUGUGUCACACGAUCGAAGAAGUGCCCAGGUCAUUCAUGAAAUGUAUUUCUCAUCUGAUAGAAAAUUUGAUAACUCUGAUCAAAAUCACGAUUGGAUAAAUGCUUAUACAAAAUGUGUGAUGUUAUGCGUUGAUGGUCUUUAUUUGUGUAUUGUGAAAUAUAAUCGUCAUUAUCGUGCUUUAUAUCGUUUAGCACAUUUUUAUCAUACAGAUCAUUAUUUUAAGAACGAUCGUCUUAGUCUUGAUUUUUUAAUUGGUGGUAAGGCAUUGGCAUUAGAACAUUAUCCACAAGUAACAGGUCUAUUUGAAGAACGAACUAAAACCAAUCUAUUUAAUGGAAUUUGGCGUCUUCAACCAUUGGAUUUAGAACGAUGUGGCUCAUUUAAUUCGUCAAUGUAUAAAUGUACAUUAUUGUUAAUCGAUCUAUUAGCUUCGUUAAAUGAAAACAUAAUAUUAUUUGAUAUUGUUAAACAAUUAUAUACAAAACCAGAAUUUGAAAAAAAAUAUUUAUUGGAAAAUGAACGAAAACAUGCUUGUCAUCGAACAAUAUCAACAUUGAUUAAAAAAUUAAUCGAUGAAAUAUCUUCCAAAACUAUGGGUGAAAUUGAAUUGGAAGCGCUAACCUUGAUAGCUGAACCAGAAGAAUGUCCACCACUACCAAAAUUAUUCGAAUUAACUAUUAAUCUAUAUAAUUUAACGAAAACAACAGAAUUUUUUCACGAUUAUGAUUUAUCACAACUUGUACAAUUAGGAUAUCAACGUUAUAAACCGAUAUUGAAAAGUGCCCGUUUAUUACCAGAAAACAUAACUUCUGAUCGUCUGGCUGUGAUAUACGCAGCAAAAAAGAAGAAUAUUCCGAAGAAACGACCUCCUGCACCACCACCACCACCACCAUCUACUAAUCAAAAUUCAGUGACACCGUUACAGUCCCCACAAUCGCCACAGAAACGUCUGUGUUUAGAACAAGAUAAAUUUCAGUCUAAUAGCAAUGAAUUUCAAGAUUUGAUGGAAGUUAAAUCAAAUGAAAAACGAAAACGUUUAUUGCGUUAUAUUCCUCAUGAAUCUAAAAUAUCGUAUGAAUUAAAAUGUGAAUGGAAUCAAUGUAAUUUAAUUAUACAAAAUUUAAAUGAUUAUUAUCAACAUUUGGAUGAACAUUUAAAUGAUUAUAUCAAUAAUACUCAACAACAAGAGUCAAUAAAUUAUACUUGUCAAUGGUCACACUGUGGCUAUGUUGAAGAUAAAUUUGAUAAUUCAUUUAUUCGUCAUGUACGAUUUCAUGGUUUUCAUACAAAAUUGAAAUAUAUCGGUUUAAAAACAUAUGAACAAAAUUGUGAAACAAGAAUAUCUAAAUGUUCAAUUAGUCAUGAACAUUGUAAUAUGAUACCAGAUUUACCCGAUGAAUUUCAAUGUUCAUGGGAUCAAUGUCGAUUUUCAAGUAAUCAUCCUCAAUUAUUUUAUGAACAUGUCAAUCAACAUAUGAACAACAAUUGUUCGAUUGAUUCAAAUUCAAAAUUGACCAUAUGUCGAUGGACAGGAUGUUCUCAUCGACCGGAUAAAGCAUAUCGUAUUCGUGAACAUCUUCGCCAUCACACCCAAGAAAAAAUUAUAGCGUGUCCCGUUUGUGGUUCACUAUUCUCAUGUGGAGUCAAAUUUGUUGAACAUUGUCAAUUAUCAUCAAAUGUUCAUAAACAUGCGUGCCCAUAUUGUCCAUUACGUACAUUUUCCUCACCAUCGUGUGUGAAACGUCAUAUUAUUUAUUGUCACACCGAUAUCAAAUGUUUUCAAUGUCCAGAAUGUCCUCUAUCAUUUAAAGCAGCCUAUGAUGUAAGAAAUCAUUGGAGAAAACAACAUCAUCUACCAUCUCAACAACCGAUUAUUAGUGAACCAUCUACACCGAAACAUCAUUCACCGAUCGAUUCAAAUAAAGUAAUUCAACGUCCACAGACUCUCAUAGGUCCAAUUCAACCUCCAACUUCCCAUCGUCGUCGAGCUCAUCCGCCACCAACUUGUAUGACUGAUGAACAACAGUAUCCAUGCCGAAUUUGUCUUGUUAUAUUCUCAAAUGAAAACGAUUUAAAUGUACAUAAAGCAGCAAAUCAUAAAUCAAAAGAAUAUGCUUGUCAUGUAUGUUUUCGCCAUUAUUCCAAAGGGAAAAUUCUUACAAGACAUUUACAAAACAAACAUCAAUUAAAAAAACCAGAUGGAUGUACAAGAUUCAGUUAUGUCAGUGGUGUAGAUGGAUUCUAUUAUUUACAAGGACAAUAUCAACAAAAACAAAAUGAUGAAAAUAAAAAUUCAUCUUCGUCUAUGAGACCAACGGCCAGUUCGUCGUCCUUUUUAAUUGAUCGUUUUCUUAAAGAUCAACAAACCGACAAUAUGAAACCGUUUAGUCCCGAAUAUGAAGAUAAUUUUAAUAUUAUUGAUGAUAGUAGACUUGAUAAUGAUGAAGAUGAUAAUAUAACAGACUGUACAGAUUUUUUAAACAAUAUACUACAAAAUAAUUAA